UCAUAUACGAUCUGUGAAGACUCACUUAGUGGUAAAUAUAGACAAUUUAUUGCUCGUAGUCGAAUAUACACGAAUGGGAAAGAAGACUAUUUUCAUGUUUCAGGUUUCUUUAUACUUAAGAAUGAAACACAUGUACUCUCAAUAGACGAACAUGAGAACUGCCUUAAAUAUGACAAAGAUGUUAUAUUUUUAGAUGAUGAAUUCUUUUGCAAUGAGAUAGUACAUGUAUUUGAUCUGGAAACAACUGUUUUUAUCCAAGGUAAUGAUCCUGUGCCACUGGGAGUGAUUUGCCUGCUCGAUACUGGAACUGAUACACCACUUCGAUAUGAAUCAGAAGAGAAUAUCAAGGGAAGAAUAUGGAAGAUAGUGAACGACAUAACGAAGUUUCAAAAAGUUGACCCUGAGACUAUAAAGACCAUGGUAAAUUUUUCUAAGAAAAAAUAUGAGGAAAUGGUCAGGGGUGAACAUGAGGCAAUUCCAUUUGCAAAGAUACAGAAUAACAUCAAACCACAUGUAAUCAUCGGCUAUAAUUCAAAUGGAUUUGAUAUGCUAUUCAUCAUGCGAAGGUUGGAAUGGCUUGGUAGUACAAUGAUGGAAAAAUUUUAUAGGAUAGCGACCG